GAUCAAUAUCAAUAUUCAAUAGUGAUGCAAAGCUUAUUAUAUGUAGAGUCAAAAAGAACCAUAAACAACAUCUCCCACAUUCAGUUCUCCACCACCUUUCACAUUUCCUUACAAAAAUGGCAACCCAAAUCCCAUAUUUUCUCUGCUUCAUCUCUGUUAUUUUCCUCUGUUUCUACACACCAACAACCACUUCCACAACCGUGUCCAAAGAGCAAAUUGCAUGCACAAUGUGUGAAACUUGCGAAAACCCUUGUCAACCACCAGUUGUAAUAACACCACCACCUCCACCGCCAGCCCUACCCGAAUGCCCUCCGCCACCCGCUCCAACUACCCCACUUCCAACUUAUAGCCCACCGCCUUCUGGUAUCCCCGUGCCCGCUUUAAACUAUUACUCUCCUCCACCUCCCAUGCGCGAUGGCGGUGGGAGUGGAGGUGGUGGUGGUAGUGGUUAUGGACCUUAUGGCGUACCCUCGCCCCCAAAUCCAAUAGUUCCUUAUUUUCCUUAUUACUAUUAUGGUCCACCCCCUCCAAAAGAUCGUUCUAGUUCCACCUCUUUGAAAACAAUGGAACAUUUCUUUGUUACUUGUUUCUUCAUUCUCCUUCCUUUAUUCUUGAGAUAAAAUCCAAUCAUUUUCAUUUAAGUUUCCUUAUUUAAAAAUCCGGCCUCCAGAAAUUUUGAUAUACAUAAAUAGUAUAUCGCGCGAUCCAUUGAUAUAGAUGAAUGUCUCCAUAUAGUAAAGAAAUAAGGUGAUGAAGGUUGAUGUUUCAGAAGAAGAUGAUUGAUCAACUUUCAACCAUUCAAGAAAACAUCGAGAUUGAUGAUGCAUCAAGAUUAGCAUUUCUUUCUCUCAAUACAAAUGUAUGUAGGUUCAAUAGUUUACUUAAUUAGUUGUUAUCCUUUUAUACCUUCUACACAAUUCACUAGCUAGCUAGGAUACUUGUUAUAGUUGUUUUAAUUUUCUCCUUUUAUAUAUGUAAUGUUGAAAUACAAAAUCGCCACUUGAAUGAAAUAAAGUUUUGCAAAGUUUAUAUCAUUUAGCUAGAA